CCUCUCAGUGAUACAUCGGGUUGGCAGAGGAGACAAACAAAAUUUUUUAAGUCGCGUAUCAUUUUGGUAGAAUAUCUUCACUCCACCGCGAUUAAAGUCUUGCUCUUUUCUCCAAGUUCCAAUGUGAACUUGUACAUCAAUUGGCCUUCGCUAGUGAAGUAGAUCGUUUUUUUACGCCGCCGUGCAACAGCGUCAAAUCACCGGGCUAAUUGGAAAUAUAUUGUGAUAGAUCAGAAAUUUAAAUUUUGGCAUACUCAACUAAGAAAAGAUACACAAUCAAUGCAAAUAAGAUGCAAUGAUGAUGAUGUUGAUGACAGAUGAAAAAUAGAAAGUGGUUCCUUUUUGUGGCAAAAGUUUUAUUUUUGUUUGUUUUUAAAUAUUGUGAGAGAAGAUAUUUUUUUAAAUAUUUUGCACUUCUGUGUUCGGAUUAAAGGACAUAGAAUAACAAAUUGGACACACUUAUAGAUAGACAAAUUUUGCUAGAAAAAUAUGGGACAUCACACGCGGCACCACUUGCUCGCGUCUUUCCUAUGCAUAGUGCUAUUAUCAAAGAACGCUCGCUGUGAUGGUCCACACAUAGAUUCGGCUUCAUUGCCGCUCGAACACAGAUCCGUUUACGGCCCUCCACUUCAACAACAAUCACCAGCGCCCAUUUAUGGAGCGCCGCCACAAGGUUCACUUCUAGGUUCCGGUGCUAACAAUGAAAUCUCCUCGGAUGAAGCGUGGCCAUUGGCCGCCACCAAUGAUAGCCCACAAAUCAAACAUCUUCAGGUGCAAUGUGAAAAGACGCACAUGCGAGUGAACAUCGAAUUCGAUAGACCGUUCUAUGGAAUGAUUUUCUCGAAGGGAUUCUAUAGUGAUUCACAUUGUGUGCAUUUGAAGCCGGGCACAGGACAUUUGAGUGCGACAUUUGAGAUCUUCCUGAAUAGUUGUGGCAUGAGCAGUUCAGCGAAUCACAAUGCAGCAGGAUUUGGAUCUCCAACACCGUCGGGCAGUUAUGUGGAAAAUACGAUUAUCAUACAAUACGAUCCUUAUGUGCAGGAAGUUUGGGAUCAGGCUAGGAAGCUCCGUUGUACAUGGUAUGAUUUCUAUGAGAAGGCAGUCACGUUUAGGCCAUUCCAAGUUGAUAUGUUGCAUGCAGUUACGGCCAAUUUCUUGGGAGACAAUCUCCAAUGCUGGAUGCAAAUUCAAGUAGGCAAGGGACCAUGGGCUUCGGAAGUGUCGGGUAUUGUGAAGAUCGGUCAGACUAUGACCAUGGUUUUGGCCAUCAAAGACGACGAGAACAAAUUCGACAUGUUGGUGAGGAAUUGUGUGGCUCAUGAUGGUAAGAGGGCUCCUAUUCAAUUGGUCGAUCAAAGUGGAUGUGUUGUGAGGCCGAAGAUAAUGAGUAAGUUCCAGAAGAUCAAAAACUUUGGCCCGUCAGCAUCAGUGGUCUCGUUUGCCUACUUCCAAGCGUUCAAGUUCCCCGAUUCAAUGAACGUCCACUUCCAAUGUGUGAUCCAAGUCUGCCGUUACAACUGCCCAGAGCCUAAGUGUGGACAUGGACCGUCUAUCGGAGGAGGUGAGUAUGGAGUACCACAGAUCGGACCUAAUGCCCUAUCGGCUGAAUACGGAGCUCCAGAUGGUUACGAGAGAGGUGAUUUCGGACUCGGCGGACUUCCACCAGCAGCUUACCCAGACCCAAGACACCCAGCUGAUGCCACAGGAGCCUACUCUGAGAACCAACCUGACGUCGUACCAUCACCACAGGCUCAAACCUCAGCUGUUACAACUUCUGAGUCAAACCUAGUUAGUUCGCCAUCGCCACAGGGAUCCAAUGAAUUGCACCUACCUCCUCCACCACUGCCAGGCCAAUCUGGAUACAGCACAAUGAAGAGGAAGGACGAUAUGGAAGGUGGCAACUUGGUCUCACUCGGUGGCCGUCCCAGAUCUGUUGAGGGAUUGGAUGAUCUCCGGGGAGUGCGCAGGCGUCGGGAAACCGACUCUGAUUCGAUGGAACUUGUGGUCAAGCCACGAAUCUACAAACGGGAUACCCAAGAAAUGACAGACGUCAAUACGAGUCGAACGAUUCAAGUUGUUGCCCCAGGUGAUGUCAACUUCGCACUCAACAGCAAUUCCAACAACGAAACGGUGGUUAUACAGUCAGCGAGGUCCGCUGACGCCGAAACGAUUUGCAUGUCAGUGCCGAGCUUUGUAGGAGGCUUGGUUAUGUUGCUACUGGUCCUGGCAGUUGCAUCACUAGUCGCCGCUUUCCUGUUCGUGCGGGUACGGCAUUUUGACCGCAAAGGUCUUGGUAUGGCCUACGUGAAUUAAGCCCGGAAUCUUAAAUUAUGCCUAAGGCAACCCCUACACGAGCACACCAAAUUAUUUUUCAAAACAUUUCUAUUUAUUGUUUUAUUUACAAACAAAUAUUAAGGCAAUUUUUUUCAAGGAGUCCAUUGUACCAAUGACUAUUUUGAAAAUAGCCUGAGAAAAAAAUCUUUAAAAAAAAACUAAUUUAAAUCUACAUUUCUAUUUAUUAUUUAUUUUUCUAUUUAUUCUGAGCUUUACUAUUUUUAUUGUGAAACUUGAAAAAAGUAUUUCCCCCUCAAUCUUUCCUAAGCUUUCCUUUUAAGUAAACAAAAACAUAAAAUUUAAAUGUUGAUAAUAUAAAAAAGUUAUAAAUAUCUAAAUUUAAUAAUAUGGAAAAACUACUUUUUCUUCAAAACAACGAAUGAAAUAAAAUUAAAUUAAUAUUUUUGGAGUUUUAGUUUAUCGAUAUGAAAAAAAUAAAUAAUCCAGAAAAUUAAAUUCACAAAAAGAAAAACAAAUAAUUUUUGUUUGUUCUUUUGUUUAAGAUUUAAGAAAAA